UUGUGUGGUACGUGAUGAAGAUAAAACCAUGAUUGUGUCUGUGUAACGUGUGCUGUGUGUGUACUGCAAAAAAUUUCACACAACUGUGCAGAUGCUAAUUAGACGAAUAUGGCAUGAAGAUAACCUGACACAUGGUACACCUGUCCUGAUAUGACUAAAUCGGUUCUCACUAUGUCGUUGAUAACUCUGACCUCGCUUGGAACUGAUAACUAAUAAAAAAAAAAAAACCUUCCCAUCCCUUAGAGCGAUCACACGCACAAGCAAGCGCACACGUUCAUACUGUGAACCCCCAUCUUAAAAAAAAAAAUCCAACCUUUAAGACAACCUGUGUGGGAGCUUUGCUAGGAUGAGGUGGCACAGGCAACAUGCGAGGUGAUCGAAGGUACUUGUCCUACAAGGUCCAGGCAGGCUGCAAAGAAGAAGCAGUGAAAGUACAUUAAUGUGUGAGGUUCAUCGACGCUAGCCAUGUCCACCAACACUUUCUCUAUUCCGGACUACGUUGUGUUUGCCGCCAUGCUGGCAGUCUCCGCCGGCAUUGGCGUGUACUACGCAUGCGCGGGGGGACGUCAAAGGAGUACGCGGGAAUUCCUAAUGGCGGACAACAGCAUGCGUUACCUGCCCCUGUCGCUGUCGGUGCUGGCCAGUUUCUUCUCGGCGUCCACGCUGCUGGGCACUCCUGCGGAAAUUUAUCAGUUCGGCGCCAUGUACUGGAUCUCUGUGGUUGGAGCUUGCUUGGCGCCCAUCACAGGGGCCUUGCUGUUUGGUCCCAUGUUUUUCAAGAUCAAAGUCAUCAGUGUUUUUGAGUACCUGGAGUUAAGAUUUAAAUCGAAAGUGGUCCGCUUGUUUGGAGCGUUCAUCUUUCUCCUUCGUACGUCCGUAGGGAUGGGCAUUGUGCUAUUUGGACCUUCUACAGCUCUCAGUGCUGUGACCGGCCUGUCGGAAUGGGUCAUCGUGGUGCUGGUGGGAAUGGUGUGCACAUUCUACACUACGCUGGGAGGUCUGAAAGCCGUGGUGUGGACGGAUGUCUUCCAGACUCUGGUCAUGCUCACCGGAAUGCUCACAGUGCUCAUAAAAGCCAGCAUUGAACUUGGCGGGAUGGACGAAGUAUGGAGAGCAUGCGAGAGAGGAGGAAGACUUCACUUUUUCGACUUCGACCCUGACCCACGCAUCCGUCACACUUUCUGGGGUCUGACUCUGGGGAUCUUUCUGAUUUGGCUGCCUCCCUAUGCGGUGGACCAGCAAAUGGUGCAGCGCUUCUCUUCGGCUCGCAGUCUCAGGGAGGCCAAGAUAGCGUUACUCUUGAACGCACCUGGGAUGUUUAUCAUCAUCACACUGUGCUCACUCACAGGUCUCGUGCUGUACGCGCAGUACGCCGACUGUGACCCUCUGCGUGACGGAAAAGUUCAAAACCCUAACCAGCUUCUUCCAUAUUUCGUGGUUGGCGUUCUAGGACACCUGCAAGGUAUGUCGGGAUUGUUUGUGGCCAGUCUAUUCAGCGGAGCUCUCAGUUCUGUGUCCUCCAUGAUGAACUCCCUUGCCGCGGUUACGUGGGAAGACUUUCUGAAACUCAAAUUGGGUCAUCUCUCCGAUGAAACUGCAGCCAAAGUCACAAAAUUGUUGGUCCUUCUGUACGGCGGUCUAGGCGUGGGCUUGGCCUUCCUGGUGAAGGAACUGGGAGGAACCGUCCUGCAGGCUUCGCUUACUCUAAAUGGUGCUGCUGGCGCUCCGUUGGUUGGUCUUUUCAUCCUGGGGGCAGCAUUUACCUCCACCAACUGGAUUGGAGCCCUUGCCGGAGGCAUCCUUGGACUGACAUUUUCUGUUUGGCUGAGCGUUGGCGCCUACGUGUCGAAGCCUCUGAACUUCAAGCUGCCCACAUCACUGGCUGGCUGCAAUGCCACAGGAAACAACACCUAUGUCCUGACAACUCAUCUGGCAGUGACUUCUACUGUUGUCAUGACUCAGGCGGAAGGGACCUACAGUCCGUCUGACCCCCGACAAUUGGAAGGUUUGAACAACCUGUAUGGACUAUCCUACUUGUGGUUCAGCGGUCUCGGCAUCGCUACAACGGUCAUCUGUGGCCUAGUGGUCAGCUGGUUAACAGGGUCCACUAAAUCGGAGGAUGUCAAAGAGGACUACCAGCUCCAAGUUUUUCGAAAAGUGACAAGCUGUCGGGCAUGUUACUUAUCAGAAGAUUACAAUGUUACUACCGAUGUCCACCUAAACAAUUUGACGGAAGAAGAGAACUGGAAAGCCGAAGGACACCAGAAACCUUCUUCUGGUGACGUGGAACCCAACAAUCACAGCACCAAUACUAGUCCACGACGAACAACCUGUGAUUAAAAAAACUGUUCCUUGUGAUCAUCUAAAUGCAGAGC